GCACUCACGAACAGGACACACAGCAUUAAUUUUUGGGCAUACCGUACCGCAAUAUCAAAACGGCCUGCAAGUGGCCGUAUACAGUUGCGCUCAGUCUGCGCCAAAUCCAAUCCCUGUCACCCACGCUGCAUGAUCACCUUCGUUCGGUCCAGGUUCGCCCUGCAUUGCUCAAUACUCGCACUCACAAGAGACAAGAGCGGCCUUCUGCCUAUCUGCACCGCAAUUUUGUAGCUCAUGAGUCACACCUCGUCAAAUGGAGCACGUCCGUCUUUGAGGCGCCAAUUUUGUGUUUCCUUUUCUGCCCUUGUCACUGCCCAGCCUCCACCGAAUCUCUCCCGUGCUAUGGUAUUGGUAUCGCCCCGCCGCCAGCGCUCCUUCAUCCGCAGCUUCGCACUUCUGCCCUAUGGAGGUGUCAGAAUGCAGCAGCCUGCAGGGCACAUCCGCCAGAAUGAGCAGCCCUCGCGCGCGGAAGGUAUCAAAUCUCCUUGCCGGAGAUGACACCAUCCCUUGCAGCACAAGCGGUGUUGAAGGGGAUCAUCAGCUGCUCAGGAGAUUUGAGGCCACUUUGGACUUGCGGCCAUCUGCGUUCUACCUCAAGAGGAGGGCCAUGCUGCUCUCCUGGCUCCUUGAGCUGCAAGGAGAGCUGGGGUUUGGAUCCACGACUGUACAUUCGUGUGUGUUAAUGAUGGAUCGCUUCGCAUCAUCAGUCAAUGUCCCGGAGUCCUUACUGCAGCUGCUUCUGGCGGCAUGCCUGUACAUAGCAGUCAAAAUCGAGGAUGAGGAGCGACCCAUGUCCUUGGCUACCCUCAGCGACCUGACCAGCGACACCUUCUCACCAACCAUGAUCAGCCAAAUGGAGUCGAAGGUCCUCUCUGCUCUUGGCUGGAAACUGGCGCCGGCAACCACUGCUCGCUUCCUGGACAUCUUCCUUGAGGGAUAUGAGAAGAUGUGGGCCACCGGGUGCGCUGAAGAGGCCGACUUUCUGUUCAUGAGAGACAGGCUUGGGAAACUUGCGGACCUGUGCAUAUUAGAUCCUCACCUCCUGCAAUUCCGACCAUCGCUCCUGGCAGCCACCCUGCUUUACAUGGGCCACUCACGCAUCGUGUGUCCGAAUGGACCAUGGUCCAGUGCGCUUGUCACACUGACUGGUUACAUUGAACAAGACCUUGCUGUGUGCUACUCUUCCUUGCAAAGGCUUUGGAUGAAAAGCACAAUUUUGACACCUCAAGGGAGAAUCGAUACGAAAUCCAUGGACACUGGCGUCAGUCCACGGACUCCUCUCGAAGCCGCGGAAGCCUUAGAUAGUUGCUCUGAGUCUGGGGAUGACACCAAUACGUGGUACUAAUACAAGUGUUGAUCAGUUGUGCUCGACCAACGAGGCAGGCCACUGGUAGAGAUUCCAAUAGAUAAUCAGGUAUCCUUUUGCCAGGUCCCAACCAUGGACUUGAUGUUCUUAAGGAAGCAGUCAAUCGGUCAUAAUGUGAUUCUUCUUCGCAAACAGUUCAGGUUCUAGAGUUUGUCAGGUCGACUUUGAAGAUGAGUUGAAAGUUCUAAGCAAAUGAGCAGUGUAGGCGUCUAAUCCAGAGGAGUACUCUGGUCCCCUUUGUUAGGAGGAAUCCGAGCUAUUUAGACCAGAAUGUCCAGUAUCCCUUGUGAAGGUGUUGUUUACAACGAAUCCAAAUCAAUGAAGUGCGCUGCUGGCAUGUUGUAGCCUGUUUCCAGGAGUUGCUAAAGAGGAUCGGAGCAUUGAAUGUUUCCAAGCAGUCAGAU